GCUCACCUCAUGCAUAUGUGACCUAUUCCCCCCCAAAAUAAUGGCCAUACAUGUCAGGGUCACUCCUCUUUUUCCACAGCCUUCCAGUCAUCGCUUUCUUCAUCUCCUCCUCCUCCUGUGACAGGAGGGGUCCACAUGUAUAAAGGAAGAGAACAUUUCCAGCGACAGACUUCACGCCUUUCUUCUUCACUCCUUUUCCUGCACAUCUCAGUCUCGGCUGAAUCCUUAGAUCAGAAGCUAAGAUGACUUUCUACGACGACAUUUACCCGUUCUACCCGCAACAAAGGACUGCCUUCAUCAUCAGCGGCCGAUUGCUCGCCAUUAUUCUGGUCUUCCUCAUCCUGGCAGUCAGUCUUCUUCUCAUCCUGCCUGGAAUACGAGGAAGGGCGCGGGUCUUCUGGAUGUUCAGGAUACUCAUCAGCUUGUUCAUAGGUGUGGUUAUAGUGGCUCUGAACUUCACUAACAGCUGGGCCGAGGCCAGGAUGACCACAAACGCUACCUACAAGUCCUUCAGUAAUGCCGUCAUCCAGGCUGAGGUCGGCCUGCAUGUUGGGCUGUACGGCAUAAACGUGACGCUUAGAGGCAAUCCCAUCGUACAGUUCAAUGAGACCAUUAACUACAAUGAGAUGUUCAGCUGGCAUGAAAUAGUUGAAGAAGAGUAUGAGCAAGCUCUGCGGAAGGGUUUACCCAACCCCAUCCUCUACAUCCUGGAAAAAUUCACCCUGAGCAGCCCCUGUGGUCUGAUCUUUCAGUACAGAUACUCCGGGCGAUUCGCCUCUGCAACUCUCUGGACAGCAUUUUGCUGCUGGAUCGUCGCCAACAUCCUCUUCUCCUUACCGGUCGUUUUGUACGCCGGGUACAUGACCAUGGCCACCGCCGCCUGCAUCUUCUUCUCCAUGGCGUCCUUCUCCACCAUCAUGAAUGUGCCUCGGUGUGUUUUCUCCCUAGGUGAAGACUCCUUUGUGACGGAGUACAGCCAUUCAUUUUGGCUGGCUCUGGCUACAGGACUGCUGUGCACCAUCAUCGGGAUUUCUGUGGUGAUGCUGAACUUUCUGAUGCCAGAGAAGAUAAAAGCAGCUUUCAGCGUUGGAUUGGACAGCUGUGAGGAUGAGGACCAGUCUUGUCGAGAAGGUUACCUGAACUCACUUUUCCUGAGUGGAGAGACGUAUUUACCACUGACCCCUAAAGUUAUACCAGAGCAUCUAUGAAGCCAUCAAACGCUCUCCUGUAAUCCCUACUUGAAUAUUUUUUGGUCGAAUAUGUGACAAAACAUUUCUAACCAUGUUAGCCUGUUUUUGUGUUAAACUGUAAAUACAUGUCUAUAUUUUUAACGUCUUGGAGGGGAAACUGAAAGCAAUGUUUUUUUUUAUACUGUGUAAGUUUUACAGUAAUAUAUUUUAAUACGUUAAUCUUAACUCAUUUCAAAUUACUUUAAAAAAUAUUUAUGUAUCAGAGGUUUUUGUGAAACAUGAAUUUUGGCACAUGUUUGUUGGU